AUUUUAAAAUUUUGUGUUGGUGUGCGGGUGAGCUGUGAUUCGAGUGUUUUGACUUAUAUCAAUACUUUAUAAUAUUUUCGAAUAAACUUAUCGAUCGUUGUCGAUACCAAAUAGUUAUAAACUAACAAAACUUAAUUAAGUUUAAUCAGUGCUUUUUACAGUAAUUUGCGUAAUUGUCCUGACGACACUCUUAUUUUAUAUGGUUUGUUGACCAAUCCAGUGUUUUUAUUAUAUUGUAAGGAAAACAGUACAUUUAUACGAAAAUGGGGGAUAAAGACGAUUAUUUGACUUCCUAUCGUGUGUUUUUUGAGAAUUUUGCGGCUACUGUAAACCCUGAGGACCAAUUACCUGUUUACUGUCCUGACUACUUGAUCACGGAGGCAGAGUUGGCCGGCGAUGUCAUUUACUGGACUAUCGAAUAUCUGAGAGAAAAGUCAUGUCCGCCCACACUACUGACUCCGCUCUUGCGGUUAAUACUCGACGAGGUGCGAACGGCAUCGAAAAAAUUCCCAAAUGACUUUGGUUUUGAUCCAGACUGUUCAGCAUACAGAGCGAUAUGGCUGAUGCAGGCGGUGAUAGCGAGGGUGAACGACGUGUGCCUGCGGUAUUUGGAUAACUCUCGACUGGACACAUUGCCCCCGCCGCCGCCUCCCGAUCAGAGGGAGUUCAGAACUGUCUCAGCGGCUAUGAGGAACACGAGGAGGGUGAUGGAGGAUCGACACGUGGAGAUUGGAAACUUGGAGGCGUUGUUUGAUGUUGAGACAACGGAGCGCACAAGCUUCUACGCGGUGUACGACGGGCACGCAGGCGCGUCCGCAGCGCACUACAGCGCGGCGCACCUGCACCAGUACAUGGUGGAGAGCCCGCACUACAAGAAGAACCUGAAGCGGGCGAUGCACGACGCGUUCAUACGGACGGACGCGGAGUUCAUUGGGAAGAGCAAAAUGGACCACCGGUCGGUGGGCGGCAGCACGGCGGUGGUGGUGUGCGUGCGCGGCUCGGCGCUGGUGGUGGGGUGGGCGGGCGACUCGCUGGCGCUGCUCGCGCAGCGCAUGCGCGUCAUGCAGCUCGUGCACCCGCACAAGCCCAGCCGGGAGGAUGAAAGGAGACGAAUAGAGUCUUCAGGGGGUAUGGUGAUGCACAUCGGAACGUGGCGGGUAAACGGUCAGCUAGCGGUGUCUAGAGCUAUAGGUGACGCACAAUACAAGCCGUACGUGAUAGCGAAACCAGAACUGGGUACUGUGGAUUUAGACGGCGACGAGGAUUUCCUCGUGGUGGCCUGCGAUGGGCUUUGGGACGUCGUCAGUGAAGACGAAGUUGCAUUAUCUGUGUACAGACAGAUAGCGACUGAUCCAAAUGACUUGAAGGCGGUAACAAAGCGUCUGAUAGUGCAAGCAAAGCGGGCGGGGUCGGAAGACAAUAUCUCCAUAAUCGUGGUGUUCCUGAAGGACCCGCGUGAGAUUGCCGCUCAAAACCGCCCGCCCAUGGAUCUUGGGCUGGACAACGCGGUGGUGAACGCGCCGCCGUUCGCCGUGGAGGGCGCGUGUAACGCGGCGGAGGCGGCGAGCGCUGACAACGGCGUGUCGGACAGCGACAGCGAGGACCUCGGCCCGGAGACCGCGGUGGACGUGGACGCGGACGCGGACGACGCGGACGUCGAGAUGAGGAGCCACGAGCCGCCGCCGCCCGCGCCGCGCGCCACGCACGCGCCUCCGGCCAGGAUAGUGGAGGAGGGCCACGUCGACGGCAACUUGGUGGAUAAUGUAGCUGAGAGCGGUGAAGAGUCCGAGGACGAGUGGAAUUAUUACAAAGGCGAGGGCGAACGCGAACAGAACCCUAGCGAAGAGGCCGACGAGCCACUGCGCUCAGAAACACCCUGUCAAGACAAUUCAGCCUGGGAAAGUAGUUCAGUCGACAUGAACAGUUCGCCGCUGAACCCCGACGCGCCGCCGUUCGUGCCAGGCAGCGUGGCCGGCUCAGACGUUCUGCUGGCGGAGUCUCCGCGGAAACCGCUGCCAAUGGACGAUAUUGAGGUGCCCGAUGUCAACCAGUUCCAAACCGGUGCUGGCAGUUGUCCGGGCGAACUUCAAGACUUGGACAAUUGCGACCAGUUGAAUGGACACCAUAACAUUUCUAUGGAGGGUGUAACAGAACACCUCAAUGGUAAUGACAAAUGUCAACUGGAUAGUCUUGGUUUUGGCUUUAAUGUGGGCAUUGAAUCUGAUAAGAUGAGGGAAUCCAGUAUUAUUCAAGACUUUGAAAGAAUACAGAAAGAUACAACAGACUUCUGUAAUAUUCAGGUAUUCCAGUCCCAUACAGAAACAAAUCCUUUUGGUAAUGAAACAAAUGAUGAAUUAUUUGAGAGGCUAAAAAAUAAAGAAAGAGAUCCAAUGAGUAUGAGUUUUUAUCAAGAAAAAGAUGAUGAUACAUGUGAAAGAUUCAGUAAACUAGAAUCACAAGUUGACCUCAACGCCGUCCAGCCGUUGCCUGAAAGUGAUGAUGAAGAUAUACAACCAAAUGGUUUUUGUCAAAAUAUUCAUGAGGGUGAUGAUGAUAAGGAAAAUCUUAGUCCAGAUCAACAUGCAGAGUCAUUUGCACAAAUUAACAAUGAUCAAGAACCAAACAAUGAUAUAAUGAGGUUUGAUGAUGGGGUACAAGUUAUCGAAAACAAUUUCGUAGACAACAUGAUUGAUUGCAAUGUCGAAAGCAACAAUAUGCAAAAUUAUUCUAAUAAUGAAUUUGAAUGUAACAUUCAACAAGAAAAUGUAAUGCAAACAGAUACUCCUGAAUCUCACAAAUUACUAUUUGAACAAAUACCAGAAAUACCUGAUGGGAAGAGUUCAGAGCUAGGUUUCACAAAUGAAGAUCUCCUAGAUCCUUCAGAAAGUGAAAAGGAUAUAAGGGCUAUCACACCACAGGAUGAAGUUUCACAAGAUGUUGAAAUAGAUGACAAGCUUGAAGAAUCUCCUUGUGAUGAAAUUGAACUCGAUAUACCUUUAGAUAACAAAGAUGAUGUUGAAUCCACAUUUAUAGAGCACACAGAUGUUGCAGACAAGGAAAAUGAAAUUGUUGCAGAACUUGCAAUUGAAAAUCAACUGUCAGAGAACCAAUCAGUUACACCAGAACUACAAGAAAGUAAAGAAAAUGACAAUUCUGUAGAGAUUGAACAGAAUAUAGUAGUAGACGUACAUCAAAGUUCGGAAUCACAACUUAAUCACUUUGAAAAUGAAAUGGAAGAAAUUUCAAACAUUAAUGAAGUUGAUCACAUUAGUAAAGAUGAAGAAGCUGUAUAUUCAGCACCUAAAAUUACUCUCGAAAGUGAUGACGUUGCAAUUCAUGAUAUUUCAUUGUCAAAAUCACUAGAACCAGAUCAACAACAAAUUGCAUCACAAUCACCACUACCAAAUGAUUUUGAACAAAAUGCUGAAUCCCCAUUGCCUCAAGAGUCUUUGCAAGGUGCAGCAUCAUUGCCACGAGAUUCACCACUACCCGAUGAUUUAUACUUGGCUAAAUCGCCUCUACCAACUGGAAUUGCUUCUGAUCUUUUGGAAAGUGCACAAUCGCCUCUACCAUCGCAGUCUCCACUACCGACAGAACCUACGAUUGAGGCCCAUUCCCCAGUUGUUUCUGAGGAACAAACCUGUCUUGCUUCUCUGCCUCUGGCAGCAGAAAUUCCGCUGCCCAGGGAGUCUCCUGCUCCUUCAGAGUCACCUGCUCCUGUCGCACAAUCACCUCUUCCAGUUGAAGAACCUGUGCUCAGAGAGUCUCCACUUCCAGUCCAUGAACCUGUACUAAGAGAGUCUCCUCUACCGGUUGAAGAACCAGUUGUGCGAGCAUCUCCACUACCUGUACAAGAAUCUGUCCCGACGGAGUUUGUUAUGUCUGGCGAAGAGUCGAUUACUGUUGGGGAGUCUCCGCUCCCAGUGGAGGAGUCACUGCGACAAUCGCCGUCGCCGGCCGUUUCACCAUUCCCAAUAGAAUCACAAGUCGAAACAUCCAUUCCAGCAGACAAACAAUCUGAAGAACUGCCGGCUGAGUCCCCUGUACCUGACAUUCAAAGUGAGUCGCAAGAAAAAGAAAAUUUAUUGACAGACAACAGAAUUUCAUCUCCAGUUGAGGAACAGCAUACAGAUGUCGCAGAAGAGUUAAUAAGAAAAGAAGCACCCACGCCUGUGGAAUCCGCAGCGUCACUGGCACUAGAAGAAUGUCAAUCGAAGGAAGUUCAAGAUUCAGAGUCUCCACUGCCAUUAGAUACAAUAAAAUCUGACAUUUCGCCGGCCCCGUCUCCCGCGCCCGAGAAAGAUAAGGAGACCAUUGCGGCGAUGUCUCCGUUGCCCACAGAAGACAUCGUCGCCCUCACGCAGAGCGAUUCUAGAACGACACCUGAGAUCGCACAAAUGGAAGCUAAGGAAGCUUCACGCGAAGAGAACGCUCCCGCCCCGGAUAUCGUCCCUGAGCAGACUCGUUCCGACCUCGUCACGGAUAUUGACAUCGGCAUUCCUGAGUCUCGCGCGCAAGAGAUUUGCGUGCCAGUUACUAGUGAAAUACAACAAGAGGACGAGGUGCGGCCGGCCGGCACGCCGCCGCCCACCCCUGCCGUCCAAGGGGAGCAGGAUGCCGCGCCGCUCAGCGACACGCCCAUCGCGGCGCCCGCGGCCGCGCUGGCUGGAGCCACGGUCGCCGCCGCCGCGGUCGCGGCCGCAGCGGCUAAGCCCAAAGCGCCCGCUAAGAAAUCACCUACGACGCCCACACCAAGGGCGCCAAAGACCAUCUCCAAAACGACUGCGCCGGCGCGGACGUCACUGACUGCGACAACUCCACGGUCGCCGGCCACGGCUUCUCCGCGCCUCGCUGCGGCGAAGACGCCAAGUUCUGCUUCGAAGGCUGCUGCCCCUGCGGCGCGUGCUAAGCCCGCUUCGAAACCGGCGUCCCCUACCAAGGCCGCCCCGAGAGCCGCGGCGCCCGCCAAAGAUGCGGCUGCUAAGCCUGCGGCCCCCAGACCGGCGACCGCACGGCCGGCGCCUAAACCCGCCGCGCCCAAGCCCCCGACGACGACGGCCGCUCCCAAACCGAUAACGAGACCGGCGGCCCCCAAAGUUCCCUCUGCGACCGCUCCGGCGGCCCCGAAGCCGGCCGCGGCUCGACCGAUAAGCGCCAAGACGAGCUCGACACUUUCGGCAGCUCCCAAGCCCAAGGAAGUGAAGAAGGUGCCUGAAAAGAAACCCUUGACGAACGGCGACGUGAAGGCGGCCAAACCCGCUCCGCGGCCCGCCCCCGCGGCGCCCCGCGCGGCGCCCCCGGCUCGCGCGCCCGCGCCCGCCGCGCGCCCCGCGCCGCGCCCCACUGCCCGCGCCCCGCCCGCCCCACCAACCAAGACUGCUAGUGCGAAGCCACCAGUGAAAGCUCCCUUGGACAAACAAAGCAAAGAUCUCGCCAACAAACGCAUCACCGCCAAAACUGCGCCUCCGAGGACUGCAAACACUAAGAGCUCGGCAGGCGGCAAGACGGCGGUGAGGAGCGCGGGCAAGCGCGGCGGGGAGGCGGCGGGCGCGGCGGGCGCGGGGGGCGCGCUCAAGGCGCCGCCCAGCCCGCCCGCGGACGGCGCGCUGCUGCCCGACGUCAUCGCGUGAACUGCAUAUUCCGAUUCCUAUUAUUUCCGCUUGAAUUUUUGUGAUUUUUCUAUAAGUGUAAUAUAGUUAAGGCCGCGGACGCGGCGAGUCGUUAGGUGCGGGAGACCCCUCCCAUCUUUUAUAAUAUAGUCGCUUAUAGAUAUGUGUAGUCUUUGCAUUUUACGAACGCGCGCUACACGUUUGUUAUGUUUGUUCGUCCGCGGGCGGUCGCCGAGGCGCCCGCCUCUAUCCGUUAUUGAGUCCGUUUAGAAUUUUUAUAUUACCGACGAAUGAUUGAUUUUUAAAUCUGGCUUUUUAAUUUAUUCUCUUUGUAUAACCGUAUUAUUUAAUAAAAUCGUAAGGAAGGACUGAGAUAUUGUUUUAUUUAUGGAGGAACGAAGCUAUGAUUUUAUGAGUAUGAGCUCGAUAAAAAUGUUUACUUAACUACUACAUUUACUUAAUGUGUCAAUGUUUAACUUAAUAUCAUGGUGUUACAAAAAUACUAAAAUAGAGCAUUUUAUUGGAAUAAAUGGUUAUAUCACCCCUU